AUCAACACCUCGCACACUUUAGGCUCUAUCAUACAAUCCUGUCGUUCCGAUCUGGAUAGCGCUCCUCGAAUUCUCUAUGGGUUGCCAAUACACGCAGCAGGGAAUCCCUCUCCUCCGCGAUCUGACGUCUCUGACGAAACCGAAACCAUCAUCCGUGGUGGCGCUGUCAGGCCUCCAAACUUGUGGAGACGCAAUACCGGCCGUGAAAUGAUUCGACGCGACGAGCCACAUCUUGGGUCCUAUGCUAGUCGCCUGAAAGAGCAUCUCGAUGCGCGUCACGAGCACAUGGACCAACCCGCUGCCACUCAGGUCGCUGAGGUCCAGCCGGAGUGGCGUCAGACUAUUCGAGUGCAGGGAAGAACUUUCGAGGGCCGCGCACCCACGAAAAAGGAGGCUUUUCACAUUGCGUGCCGGGAUGCAUGCAUCGAGUUUGGUCUUUGAGCAAUGUUUCUACGUCAAUCACAGUCAUCGAUUCAUUGCAAGUGUGUCCUGCAAGCGCGAGCUUCGUUUUUCACUCUCUAACGAAGCUUCCGCAUAAAUCUGUACAUCGUAGUGCACAACCUUGGUUAUGACUCGGCCUAUCUUUGCCAACUGCAAUGGAGACGGAAAGAUCAAAUACCAAAGCACAUGCCUCAUACAUGACACGAAAGCUUUACAACCACAUCUUUGCCGUUGCACUUUUACAGCAUGUCUCAUUUGAGUAUGUCGAGUACUCUCGACUCCUUCCAUCCCGUUCGACGUUGAGGCCCGAUCAAUCAGAUUGGCAUCGAUUCCAGGACGAACUCGCCCUUCUCUGUGACCCGGGUAAUGCAGGUCAGACUGUCUGCUCGAUAGCUGUGGAGCAAACCAGCUCUGCAUCAUUGUUCUGGAUCGCUG